ACACUCCAAAAAGAAAAGAAACAAAGAAUCAACGAAAAGGAAGGGCGAAAUGCAAAACAGAAACGAGAACCGCGCCCCUCUACCGGCUUGCCCGAUACAUCAGCGCUUUGGCAAUGAUCCUGGCACUUGGUGUACGCUCAUUUGAGCGUUAAUCGACUCGAUUGAAGGAAAAAAAACUGCAUUCCUACACCGCUAUGUCGUCGAUGCCGAUGCCGACGUAAAGUCAUCUUCGCAGAGACCAGACGAGAGGAGUCUGGAACUGGAGUGAGGCAAGCAUAACUCCUUUGCCGCCAUGAGCACCGGCUACAUCACGCUGAAUGGCGAGCGAUUCGACGACAUUCUCGCCGACCGGCGCACGGUGGGAGACCUGUCGUGGUGCACACGGGAUUGGAGCUGCCCCAAGUACCGCUUCUUUGGCAACCGGACGCCACAGCAGAUCAAGCAGGAGGUGCUGGGCAGUGCGCGUGUCCAGACGGCAAUCGCCAAGGUGAGCGCCGAGCAGAAGCGACCGGUCGCGGAGGUGUCGGAGGAGGCCCGCCGCAUUCUCGAGCAGAUGGGCCACAACAUGCGCAUGGGCAACAUCCGCUUCCUCGGCUACCUGUUCAGCAAGUCAUACAAGAGCAUGUACCGGGCAAUCUAUGUCCACUCUGAGGGCAUGGAACGGUACCGGAAAGCUGCUGCUGAAAACCCGGUGCUGCUGUUGCCAACACAUCGCAGCUACAAUGACUUCCUGCUCAUGUCUUAUGUGUGCUUCUACUACAAUGUGCCACUACCCGUUAUUGCAGCGGGAAUGGACUUUCUGGGCAUGCCCGCAGUCACCAUGCUGUUGCGAAACGGCGGUGCCUUCUUUAUCCGGCGCACGUUCGGCACGGACCAACUGUACUGGGAGGUGUUCCGUCAAUACAUCCACUCUCUCAUUGCCGGCUCGGAGCACGCCCUCGAGUUCUUCGUCGAGGGCACGCGGAGUCGCACAGCCAAGUCGCUCUGUCCACGAACUGGUCUGCUGCAGACGGCGCUGGAGAUGUUCUUCACCUCACAAGUGUCGGACAUCACUGUCAUCCCAAUCACCAUCACAUACGACCGCACGCUCGAGGAGAAGCUCUAUGCCUUCGAGUUGCUGGGUGUGCCCAAGCCCAAGGAAUCCACGUCGGGCCUAGUGAAGGCCCGGGGCAUCCUGAACGACGACUACGGCAACAUCUUCAUCAAAUUUGGCUCCCCUGUGUCGGUCCGGCAGUUUUGCGGUCGCUCGGUUGACCGGUCUGUUCACAGCAUGCACCCAAGAUUCGAGACCCACGUGACCGCCGAGGAGACCGCAGUCUGCACCCGCCUUGCCCACUGGGUGGUCCGGGCUCACCACCGGUCCCUGGCCCUGUCGGCCUUUCCCCUAGUCUGCCUCUGCUACCAGGCACGCGUGAGUCGGCAGCGCGGCCGGGGGCUGUCGCAACCUCGGGUCAUGCUUCACGAUCUGGCUGAUGAGGUUCUCUGGCUGCGGGAACUGGUCCAGCGCCUGGGUGCUCUGGUCCACCUCAAAGGAGGAAACAGCAACCAGACGAACCCGGUGACUUGGCUUCGUCGCGAGGUCCGUCUGCACUCGAAUGUGUUCCGGCUCACGCCAGAAGGCACCAUCGAAUUAGCACCAGCCGACACAAAGGCAGUGCUUCCGGCGGGAGCCGAAGCCAGUGCCGAGCCGACCGGUGCCUUGCUGCGGAUAGAGGCCGACACGGUGAAGACAGCCGUGCCCGAGAUGAUGCUCUAUCACUAUGGCAACCAGGCGCUCCAAGUGGUGGCACCGGUGUGCAUGGCGUCACUCGCACUUCUGGCCACUCCCCCUCCUAGGUCACAAGGUUCCGUGUACGAGAACUUUAAAGAGCUACAGAGCCUACUCCAGCGAGAGUUUGUUUUUGAGGUGGACAAACUGGAAGAGAGCUUCCUGGAAGCAACGUAUGCCCUGCAGAGUCUCAAUGUGCUUGCUGUCCUCAGGCUAGAGCCAGCUUCCCCGGAGAGCACAAACAGCUUGCAUUUCCUCGCUAGUCACAUGGCACCAUUCCUCGAGGGGCUUCAGACGGUGUGCGAGUUCCUGCGCCACCAGCCCAGCGACGUGGUGGAGGUGCCCCUGCCUGAGCUAGUGCGGAAGUGCCAGUGUGCCGCGGAGAAGUCUCUGCGCCAGGGCCAGCUCGCGGACUACCGGGUGCUCUCCCUCGACAUGCUCAACAACUGCCUCAUCUGCCUCUGCAACCUGGGGGCGGCUCACAAGGAGAAGCGGAACGGUGCUGCCGUCUUAGUCCCGAAUGCCGACACCAUUGCCAAGGUCCUGGAGAGCAUUGAUGUUUUCCUCUCCGUGGCCUCAAGGUCGUCAAGAAACGCGGAGCUCUGCCAAGCCAAGCUGUAGCCAGGAGAAGCUGCAGCCUAUUUAUUUCCUUCCUGUAGAGACAAGGGGCAUUGUGAUAUAUGAACACCUAGGCAUCGUGUGCUGCAGUCAGUCUGUAUAGCUUAAAUAUGAGCAUCUUUACGAGUCACAGGAUGUAAUUUUACACUCUUUGUGCUUCUUUUGCACAGUUGCACUGUUAGUGUUGACUGCACUUAUACAUUUGUUUUUAUGUCUCUUCUUUUCCAUUUCUACAUUGAGAUUUAGCAAUGUGGGGCUUUUGCUUCAUUGUUAUGUUUUGAUGACAUUUGGUGGCACUUACGUGCGACAUUAUGUGAAAUGCAACAUAACAUGAUUUUUGUGACAGCGUGAUGGGGUGAUUUCCCAGUAGUCUGCAACUAACAAUGUCCUUGUAUUCAUUCCAUGUUAAUGGCUUAAGACCAUUGUCUUCUGCAUAUUGAAUACCACUGUGGCAUUAUUUGGUGUUGUGUCAGUGGGCGGUGAGUCUUUAAUGUUGUGUGUUCACUUAAUUGAAGCUGCUUUGACUAAUCAGUAUGCAUGCAAAUUAUGCAAGGCCACUGGUUUCACUGCUAUACGUUUAGAAGUAUUGCUGACCGAGCCCUAAAGUUUGUAUGCAGAGAGUGAAGCCAUAAAACAUUGAGCAGUAGAAAACUUUUCAGGGAUGUUUUAUGGGUAAGAGUGCUGGCGCUGGUUGAGGUGGUACCGAUCUUAGAAGAACAAUAAUAAAAACGCGCACCUCGUAAAGACAGGGUCUUGCCUCGGUGUGUUGAGGUCACACUGAUUACAACGUGCACUUUCCGCGUUGAAGCAAUUUCGAAAGUUUGUCAUUUACAAAAUACUUGUGACGAAGUGCUGCCUGUGUUCUUAACUUAAUUUUGCAAAGGUAGAAUGCUUCCUUUAUUUGACAGUUGUCCUUUUUCACAUUUAUGCCAAGCAACAAGCGUGACUUAUCACACUGUUUACCGCAAUACAGCUGACUCGCAAUAAUUCAAGCUUGAAUAAUUUAAAAUUUAGGCAAUUCAUACCAAAUAGAAUAUAUUGGUUGGCCUCCAACAUUCUCAUGGCAUAUUACAGCCACAUCAUUACGUUGAAGCUUUCAACUUUAACGUUAAUUUGUUCCCACUACAGAGGAAAAGUGCCAAGACAGCUGAUAAAAAAACAUUCAUACGGUAUGAAUUUGUCAAAAUAAUGCCCACAUCUGUCGAUCAGGCAGCUGUGUAUGUGGACAGAUGUUACUAUGAGAUCGCGUAGCGCAAUCAGACCCACUUAAAACAGUAUUAAAGUGCCAAGAAAAUCUGAUUGUUAUAACUGAUAAUUCUUACUACUGGGUUGCAUGAAAAAGAGCAAGGGGGACAAGCAUCCAAACAUUUUAAUCACACAGGCAAAAAGUGCAGUUGAAGCCACCUAGAGCACGGCCGGCUUUAAUGAGCCCCUCACUAGUCCACACAGCAAGUUUUGGUUAUACGCUGGAAGUGUCUGCGUGUCCCCUAAGGAGUGUUCUGCCUGAAGAAUUUUUCAAAAUACUUCAUGAAUAGCAAAGAUAGAAACAUUUGAAGUGCCGCAAAUCCAUGCUUUCAGGAAGUGAGCAUGACCACCAACCUAGACACUCUCUGCGCUUGCAUCAUCUCGUCUCCGCGAGCAAAAUUCCUUCCCUGCGUUCUCCCAUGCUGGAGCCGGACGAUUGCGCGACGAAUACGUCACGGGCCCCGCCUUCUUCUUUUUUUCUCGUGUUUUUGCUGCCUGGUGCACUUCCGGUGAUGAUCUCACGCACGAGCUGUCGUAUUUGUCUCGUUUCGCGCAGCAAACGAUUUUGCACGCUCAGCACGAGAACAUCUGAUUGGCAGUAUAAGUCAGUGGCACAAUUGUGAGCACUGAAGCAGGCACGAGAGGAUGAAAGAGCAUGAUCAUGGUGCUGGAACAUGGUAGAAAAUGACAGUGGCUUUGUUCUUUGCACAUGCGACUGCACGACGUGGGAAUAAGCUCACGAAAUGAAAAGACCUCUCUCUUGUUACAGUACCAAGCAAAACAAAAACAUGCAGACAGUCUGUUUGUAUGUUUUAUUAUUUCUCUAAACCUUAGGUCGUGUAUUGAAACAUAAUUGAUGUUGCCUUGAAUAAUGCUUGAAGUCAUGUCACUGUGAGCGAUGCCACAGCACGGCCAUGUAUGUAGGCGCACUUGUGCGAUUGAUGACUCUCUGGCUGGAAGUGCUGCGCCCACGAGCAGAAGGGCAAACGGCGUUUGGUUUGUAAUUUAAGCUCUUUCCACGGUGUGUAGGUAUGUAAUACUUAGCAGACACAAUCGUUAGCGUGCAUUGUAUGAACUGUGCUUGUCAGCUCAAUAUGGCCAGACCUGGUGAGGGGCCCUUUAACAAUGAGCAGCUUUUGUGUGCUCUAUGAUGAAAUAAACCACUUACUACAGUGCUCCCACGCUGCAUUAUCGGUUGUAACAGUUAAAUCUGGUGACUGGAUGUGUGCGCAGAAAGGAAAAAUGGUUGGCAUGAGGACCAUGUUAUGGUUAAACCGGUUUAACCAUAAGAAAAUGGUAAAAAACGAUCAAAACCGGUUUUAUAAAUGGGUUCGACUGUACUAUGUUUCUGUCGCCUGCAGUGUGUGCUAUCCAUAGAAGCAGAACUGUGCAUUUUUUGUUAAUGGCAGUAUAAUAGCUGCCAAUUCAGUUUGGGGCCGUACUUUAUCCAUCUGUAUGUAAUUCAAGUUUCUCAUAAUUCAGAUGAUAACGUAUAGUCCCGGUGAGUUUGAAUUAUUGAUACUUGACUUGUGUCGUCACAUGCUUUUGUUAUGCAUUCGAAUCGGCCCUUGUCACAAACACCACAAAUUAAGGUAUUGUUGUCUGCCUAGUUACAUCACUACGAAGUUGCAAUUUGGAUGUGUCCUUGUAAUGUAAUUUUGGUGUUUUUGUGUAGCCAGCAAAGAAAGCGUUUCAUUAGCGACAGUCUUUCAUUGUCCUGUGGUGUGGUUGUUGUCCUUGUGAAAGCGCAUAGACAACAUUAAAUGGGUCCCUAGUGGCCUUUGUUGUUUUGU